AAGCCGGAACAGCAGUGUGUGCACCUCCGACAACUCCGAACGCUCGUGUAACUCUGCUAAAUCUCAACUUGACAUUAGUGUUUAUAAAUACAUGUAGAUAUUUUGAUACAUUCUGGACCUGCGGAGUGACAAUGGGAGCCAAUAACAGUACCCGACGAGUGUCAUUUGAGUCUGACGAGAAUGAGAAUGUAACAGUGGUGAAGGGCAUCAGGCUCUCGGAGAAUGUCAUCAACCGAAUGCGAGACCCUUCUAUGGCCCCUCGUCCAAAGCCUGUUCCUCCUCCUCUAUUUCAGCCCAACCCCUCCUUUCCUCCUCCACCAGCUCCACCUGCCACAGAGAACGUAGCACCACCUCCUUCUCCUCCCCAACCCGAGCAGGUAGAAGCCCCCACCGUCAUUGACAUGGUGCUACCCUCCACCUCUUUGCCCGCAGUUGCGCCUCCUGCUUUUGAGCCGACCCCUGCUCCUGCUCCUGCUCCUCCCGCUGUUGAGCCGGCUCAAGUGACUCCUCCUCCUCCUCCUCCCCAGCCGGUGGCGGAGUCAGGAUCCUCUGCUCCUGUCCCAGAGUCCAGUCUGGUAGCACCACCACCAUCUCCUCCUGCUGCUCCACCAGCAAUUGAUGAAGAAGCCCUGAAGAAAAGGAUCAGUGAAGAGCUGUAUGAAGGCUUGGAGAAGCAGAGGGUCAAGGCAGAGCAAGACCUUCAGGCUUGGCUGGAGGCAGAGAAGUCAAGUGCAUCGGCCCAAGCUCAGGCAGAGGCUCAUCGUCACGUGGAGGACGAGGUUUCCCGCAUUCUGUCUGUGGAACGCGGCGUGUACCAGGAGAGCAUCCAGCAGGCGGUCAUCAGGGAGCGCAUCGCCGCCGAAGACGAAAAGCUCCGCGCUCAACACUAUGAGGUUGGUCUUCGGGCUAAGCAGUUGGAGGCUAAAGAGGCCGACCUAAACAAGCAGGAUGCUUUCUACAGAGAGCAGGUGGCUCGGCUGGAAGAGAGGAGUGCUCAGUUCUACAAGGUCACCACAGAGAACUACCAUAAAGCCGCUGACCAAGUGAAUGCCAAGUUCAAGCGCUACGACACGUAUCCGGUGUGCGUUGACCUGCAGGGCCAGAUCCUUGCGUGCUAUAGAGAAAAUGCCGGCAAAACCCUCCAUUGCUCCAACAUAGCAGCCAUGUACCUGCAGUGUGUCAACAAUGCCAAACAGCUCCACUCUCGCCUCUGCACGUUCCUGACUCGCUUCAAUCUUCUCGCGCAUCUCCGACCCAUCAAAACGACGGUCCGCUCAAAUUGAAAAGCCUGGAUGUGAUUUCGGGAAGGAGACCUCGUUCAAUUAGGACGGCGGUGAAAAACAGCAAUGUUUCCUCGGAUGCCAGUAUUGCAGGGAAAAGAAUCAAACACUCCAUUGUCGUAAUGGGCAGGCAGAUGGCAGGUUGCUCUGAUGCCUCUGCCCAGCCUGAUGGCUCCAUUCAUCAGCAUGCGACGCCUCCCCUAAAGCUCUGCUCCAGGUGACAAUUUACAGCUUCACACCUCUUUGCUUUUCACCCUCGCUGCUUAUUUGUUCUUCUUCUUUGGAGUCGACUCUAUUUUACAUUUCACUCCAAGUCAGUCGUAUCUGUUUACUUUCGGCAAAUUUCAAAAUGUUAAACUUUUUCCGCACGUCGGUCAAGGAAUGUUUUUGCGGCAUUGCAGGUAUUUUCUGAUUCUCCGUAUAGCGUGGUGCCAUGUGAUAAGAUUUAAAAAAACACACACGCGUAGCCCAAAUCAGGCGGGGCCGGGGAUUGAACCCGGGUCCUCAGAACUGGGAGGCUGACGCUCUAACCAGUCGUCCACCGUGCCGCCCCAAAUCAUCGUUCCCUAUUUAAAUGAACGGAAAUACUAUUAAUCCAGCCCCACCAUAAAAAAAAACAUUUUCUAACCUGUUUUUUAAAAAAGAGAAAUAGCACUCUUAUUAGUUUUUGCCACAUUUGUUUUGUGUGUCAAUUCAAUGGACAUUGUGCUGCUCCUUCUGGUGUGCACCUUGGCCAACGGGGUCAGAAUAAUACAGACAAAGAGACACACAAAGAAGAAUUCCACAACUGACUCAAUAUGCUCCUCUAAUAUGAGUUAUUUUUCACAAGGAAUAAAGAAUAUAUGCCUAUGAGUAUUACUUUAACUGUCUACAUGUGUUGCUCCACCGUUUGUUUUAAAAUAUCCGCUGCUAAAGUAAUAAUGCCACAAUGCUAUUUGUUUACCUGUCUGUCGUUGUUUUAAUCAUUUGUGAGCAUUAAGCUCAACUGACUUCCAGCAAAGCUAAGUGGUUGUUUUUAAAUACACGAGUUUAGUUUGACGAUAAAAAGUUGUCUACGUGGUCUCUCUGUGGUGCGGAUUUUCACAGGUGGGUCUGGAACGUAUCCCCCACAAAAAGAAUAGGUUUUUUUCAGGUUUUCUAUUUUUGGGGUGUUCAAUUGGUUUGAUUUUCAACACUCCAUGGAUUCUCGAGGUGGCGAGUUCAGCAUAUGUAGUGACUGAUAGGUUGCAGUCAGUGUCAACAGAGAUGUGUAUUCCUAAGUUAAUUCCCAGGGAGAAAGCAACAAUUUUUUAGCAUUUGAUGGCAUUUUCACGCCGUGCAAAACCUGUUACACGGCUGCGCCUAAACCCAUCCAGCCAUGAACUCUGAGAGGCCAGUUUAGACUAAUCCCUCACAGCACUGUAAAAUAUGUUUUCUCGCCCUUUACGAGGAUAUUUACAUGCAACUUGUGUGGAAGCGCUUGUUUGGCUCGCACAUACUUGCUGUGUUUCUAUCCAUUCAUACCUUUGCAAAUACACACAGACGGGAAGAAGAGUUAUUCAUUAUUUACACUACAACAGGCUUUGGUGCACGUUGUCGACAGAAGGCCAGAGGGCCAACAGGAGAUAUUGCACGUUACAAACACACAAUGGUGCGCUGUGUUCGAGGCCCCGGUGUCUUGACACAAAGCCUGGGGGUGUUUCUGUUCCCGUACAGGCUGAGUCUCAACAUAGGAUGUCGUGCAGGAACAUUACAGUCGCUGUGAUCAGCGAUGCACACACAAAUGCACAUAUUCUGUCGAUUCCUAUUAUACUUAAGAUAAGCACAAUAUUAAGGCUCAUAACCAUAAACAUGGCCAACCCACUCUGUUGCAAAGGUUAUUUAGUUGGAUUUUUACAUUUGUAUUCAUAUUUAUGAUUAUUA